UCAACUGUCCCGCGCUCAUAUUGUCGGAGUUCCAUGUAGUUAACUUGCACCUUAAAGAUUAAACAAAUUACUUAGAAAAUAUCCUCAAAGCUAAGUUUCUGCACGAACUGAAACAAAAUACAUGACUUAAUUUAUGACGGGUGGAAAGAGAUAGCUGCAAUCGUUCCCUUUUAGCGCAAUGUAGGUUACGUAAUCUAUAGAUCGGUGCUAAAUUGAGUAAAUUUGAAGUUUCGACGUUGUUUCUCUGCAAGGAAGCAUGAAGUCAAACAUAGACUUGCAAGAUACUCUUUUGCCAGCCUUAGUGGAAUGUUUUGGAAUAAUGUUGAUAGGAUAUAUUUUAGGCAAAAGUAAAGUUUUAGGUCAUAAAGAAGCCAAAGGAUUAUGUCUGUUUGUUAAGAACCUUGCUCUACCUUCAUUGAUUUUUGUUACAAUAUCAACCAUAUCUUUUACUGAUGUUAAGUGGGAGUUCAUUGCAGCAGUUUUUGUAGCCAAAUCAUGCAUUUUUAUAUGUGUAGCACUGAUGACAAUUUUGCUGAGCAAUCCUGUCAAUUUCGGGAAAGCUGGCAUAUUUGCCAUGGCAGUAACUCAAAGCAAUGAUUUUGCUUUAGGAUAUCCAUUACUUGUCUCACUGUAUGGAAACAAACAUCCUGAAUUUCCAGCAUAUUUAUAUAUUAUUGCACCAAUUCAACUUUUAGUCUUAAAUACUGUUGGAUUCUUCUUCUUAGAAAUAGAAAAUGGAAAACAGGAAAAAAGUUGCGAGUUUCUCCAUGUGCUUAAAAGAACUCUAAUGAAUCCUAUUGUGUUUGCAACAGUAAUAGGUAUGGCUUGGAACUUGAGCUAUGGCCAGCAAAUUUUGCCCAUUUUUGAGAUAACUUUGAAAACAUUCAGUUCAUCAUUUGCCGCAACAGCUUUAAUUUUAGUAGGUUAUACCAUGGCAGAAGAAAGUGAAUAUUCAGAUAAUCAAAUUUCUCUUACUAUGGCACUAUUAGUUAUUACUAAAAAUAUGAUUUUACCACUAUUAUUACAAAAAGUUUCUGCAUUUAUGUUACAAGGAAGUACUGAUGAAGAAAUACAAAACUUUAGUAGCUUUGGUUUUCUUUAUGGCACCAUACCUACUGCACCAUCAGUAUAUGUAUUUGCACUUCAGUAUGGAAUGUCUGUUACUAUUAUAACAAAAACUAUUAUUGGAAGUACUAUAGUGUCAGCCCCAUUAAUGUUUGCCUCUGCAUCAGUAAUCUCAUUAUCACAAACAGGUAUAUAUCAUUUAAGCUUUUACCUUGAUCAAAUGAUUGCAUAUUUGAGUUCUACAAGCGUUCUAAGUUCUGCUUGGCUUUUAAUCAUGUUUUCGAUGGGUAGGAGGUAUAGUAUAUGUUUAGGGCCAAUUCUCCAGUUGGUUAUUGCCCAAUUUUUAAUAGCAUGCGGGGGUAUCCUCUUAUUUUUCUCACCUACUGUUAAUUCACCGUUGUUUUACACUCAGUACAUUUUAACUGUUGGUGGUGUUUAUGCAACAAGACUAGGUGCUGUAUUUUUAAGUACACUUCUUUUUAUAUUUAGGUGGAGAAGUUUAUGUUUUAUUUUAAGAAAGAAAAAUAAGUUGAAUUUGUUGUUAAUAAUCUUCUGUGUGAUUUUACCUUUUGUGAUAGCCACAACAUUGACAAUAUGUAAAAGUAAUCAUGUAACGGGCAUUGAUUUUCAAUUAGGUUUCCCGCAAUUAGUCACAACAACUGUUAUAACGGUUAUAAGUUUAUCACUUACGAUUUUGUUCCUCAUUCUGCAGCACAUUUGUUUUAGACAUAAAAUAGAAAACAAUAGUUCCAUUGAUGAAACCGAACCUCUCUAUCAAAAUUCAGGUGCUGUACUUGAAUCCAGUUCCUUUGAACCCCCGAAAAAGCAACUAAGAAAUGAAGUUCCAACUGCGCAUUUUACUGAUGUAGAAGAUUUGGGGCAAUGUCUUAUAGAUGAUGUUAUAGCCGAACAAUCCACAAACACUUUUCCAAAAGAGUAUCAAAAUAAUUUUUGUGAUUCUAGAUUUCAAUGCAGUUCUGAACAAAGACUUCAAUGUGGUCAAUUUCUAUCAAAUUUUAUUGGCAAAUGCCAAGAAGGGAAAAUUGACAUAUAUGAUAACAAACAUAUUUUUAAAUACACAGUGUUAUUGAUAGCAUUAUGUGUUGUCAUGACUUUGAGUUUAUCAGUCUGCAUAUGGAAAUUGCUUUUAGAAACAAAAAAUGGUAUUUAUAUUGAGUUGGAAUAUUUAGAUAUAAUCGGUAACCAUAGUGUAGGAUUUGUAUGUUUCGUCUUAUUCGGCUUAGAAAGUAAGCUUAUGGAUAAAAUUCGACAAAAAUACAAAACACUUUUUGAGAAUAAGAAAACUCUAGACAUUUAUGAAGCAACUUCAAUAGAUAUUUGUAAUCAUUUUAUGACAUUUUACUAUGAAAAAUGCAAAUUUGACAUUGGCCAAACUAAAAUUUUAAAUAAUAUCCAUUACAAGUAUGCUUUUACUGCAGCAGAUUUUGUUGAAUGGCUCACAGAAAACGGUAUUAUAGAGAAAACAGAGGAAGCUGAAAUAUAUGGUACUACUCUUUUAAAUGGAAAUAUAAUUGAAAAAAUAAAUCAUGCUGGAUAUUUUUCUCAAAAUUCAUUUGUAUUUAGAUUCGUUCAAAAUGAGCAAGAACACAAUAGGGAAGUGUAAAAUUAAGUGUGAAACUUAAAAAUUUAUUCAAUUAAGCAUGAAUGUAAUUUUAUGAUCAAACUAUACAUAAUUACCUGCAGCAUUCUAAAAAAAUAAUAAUAACAACAAAAAUAAUAAUUGAGCAAAUAAAACGUUGAUGGAAGUUUAAAAAAUAAAAUUCUUAAAAGGGAAAAUGCUACCUAGCAAAUCUUUAAAUCAUGACCCGUUUUUGUGUAACAAAAUAUAUAUUAUCUGCAUUUCUUUUCUUUUAUGUAUUAGGGCAAUUGCCAUUUUUCAUGUAAUUGAUUGUAGAUUUUAGUUUUAACAAUUUCUUGCUGCUAACCCUGGGUCAUUUACACUGAUCUCUAAAAGUGGAUGUAUGGGUUUUGUUAGCACAAGUAUGUAAAGGAAAAGGCAACCAUAGCUUUUGCACAAGUAACGUAAAGAGGAAAGGUUUAGGACGAAGUUCAAAUGCUCUUUUGUUUAGAAGUUAGAAUACUUCAAAACUUAGCCUUACUUUAGAAUAAUGAAGCUUUAGAAGUUAAUAGAAAAUAAGUUAAUUUCACUAUAUUGCUCCCAGGCAGUUACAUCCACUUUUGAGUUAAUAAUCUGCAAAUGUAUUUGUAAUGCAUAAAACCAAAUCUUUUAGUUUUUUAUUUUUGACAAUUCUUUAGAUUUAAAACAUACCGUAAAUCGUAUUUGAAUGCAAUAGUUAAAAUUUUAUGACAGCUUGACAAAUGAGCAAAAUCUCACACUUGUGCAAAUAUAGAUAAUCAUAAAUCUGUUCAGUAGAUAUAAAACCAUUCUGUAAUCAGAGGUUUUCUUUGUGGUCCUUCCCCAGAGGAGUGACCAGGAUGUUUCCUUGGUGAUAGAGGGCUGAAACCCUCCACCCCAUACAUAACACAAAGCACAAACUGAAUAAUACAAUAUUAUGAUUGAAAUAAAACUGAAGGGACAAAAAACUAAUCCUUUUUGUGAUAGUCUUAAAGCAAAACUGUAAGCAACAACAGGGGUCCGAAUGGCAAUGAGCAGGGGAUAGUAAAAAAAUAGGAUUUUCCCUAGUAUAAAAAUAGGAAUUGUUUACCCCCACCCUAGCAAAAUUAUAGUUUCCCUUUUGAUUUGACCCUAAGAACUUUUGGUCUAUGAAAAAAAUAUUUGUAUUUACAGGGGUAAAAUAUUAGUAAUAACAGAUAAUAUCUGGUCAUAUUUUACUGAUGUGUGGGAAAAUAAUGCCACCCGCAGUUCAUUCCCCUUUACACUUGAGUAAACUAAUUUUAGUAAACAGGUUUCUGCCGUAUUAUGCACAUGCAUUUGUCAUUAUUCUAUUUUUUUUUUUUGGACAGCACUUCUUACUUUUUAAACAAUUUGCAAAUUCAAGAGGGAAACAAAGACAAGAACAAUCAAAAUGAUUCAAAACACUUUUUUAAAAAUUGAUGAGCUUAUUUAUGUUUGUUUAGUAGUUUUAGCCUAAGGAUUAAAUGUGUUCUUUAUAAAAAGGUUCUGUUGUUACAUAACUGUGGACACUGAAUUUUAUCAUUUAUUGUAAAUGUAUGGCUAUCAAUUUACUGUCAAAUUAUUGGAGUUGAAGGUUGUGAAAUUUAAUACACUCAAACCUGUUCCUGCAUCAAGUAGUUUUUUUUUUUUUUUUUUUUUUAAACAAUAGUAGAUAGUACAAUCAAAUAUCACUGUGGAAAAUGUGCAUAAAACAGGUUUGAUUGUAAAAUGCAUGUGAUACAAUGUGGAAACCGUUAAAAAAGAAUUGACUGUGAUAUAUGUGCCACCUUUUUAUUUCAAAGUUCACUGAAUGUAUCUACUUUCUUGAAAUAAA